AGUUUCGGCGACACUGCAUUGGUCGGCCGCUCUAGUCGGUCGCUUACGUCACGCUUACGGACAAGAUUUUGAUUUUCCUUUAAAGUUAACUCUAGAAGAAUAAACAGCUACCAUCAGCAAUAUCAGAUUCUUUUUGGAAGUGAAAAUCAUCCACUGUUCUUGACGUCCUUGGCGGGUUCUUUCACAUCGGGUUUUCUUCAUGUCUUGUCAAGAACAUCAGACUGAAUGAGCGCAAAACGCCGCCAGCGAACACCAAACUGCAAGAAGACACCCACUAACACUGACCUCAAUGACACUUCCGCUUCUUCACCUACUGUUGCUAAAUCACCACAAGGACCCGACUCAGCCAAAAAGGUAAAACUUGCUGCUAUUUAUGCUGCCCUGAACUCAGACCCGGUCGAUGUCGCUGGUCUACGCAAACUGGCCAUCUCUCGGGGUGGCCUACUUACAGAUGAGAUCAGAAGGAAAGCUUGGCCCAAAUUACUCAAUGUCAAUGUCUUUGAUCCACCCCCAAAGCUCAAAAUGUCAAUUGAGGAACAUAGAGACUACAAUCAGGUAGUAUUAGAUGUCAACCGAUCCCUCAAGAGAUUUCCUCCAGGGAUGCGGGAUGAGCAGCGUGAGGUGUUACAGGACCAGUUAGUAGAUGUCAUAGUUAGAGUACUUAUCAACAAUGAUCAACUACACUAUUACCAGGGGUAUCAUGACAUAGUGGUAACAUUCCUCCUGGUCGUAGGCAAAGAUAUGUGUUUUUCUCUCAUAGACAAGUUAUCAACGCAUCAUCUUAGGGAUUUCAUGGAUCGUACCAUGGAUCGCACCAAGCACAUGCUAAACUACCUCUUGCCAAUUUUAAGCAAAUCAAAUCCCAAAUUACAUGACUUCAUGGAAAGAUCUGAAGUAGGAACAGUGUUUGCUCUAGCCUGGUUAAUAACAUGGUAUGGUCAUGUGCUGAAUGACUUCCGCAGUAUUCUCAGACUCUAUGACUUCUUCCUAGCCUGUCAUCCUCUCAUGCCAGUCUAUCUUGCUGCUGCGAUUGUGCUAGAGCGUGAAGAGGAUGUGUUAGCAGUCGAAUGUGACAUGGCAUUUGUCCAUAGUCUCCUCUCAAAGAUCCCAGAUAACCUACCAAUGGAGGAGCUUGUCAUCAAGGCCGGUGAUCUCUUUGUGCAAUAUCCUCCUCAUGUCAUGGCCAAAGAAGCACAGAUACAGUACAAUAAGAGCUCAAGCAUUACUAAACACAAAGAACUGGAAGGAAGUCUGACAGGUCAACGUCCUGACACCAUCCUUCGCCGUCUUCAAGGCCAGGCCAGUGGUCGAACCCCGGGAGAUUCGAGACAGAGUAACCGUGUGGUCAAGGUAGCAGUUUGGGCUAUCUCAGCCGGUAUCGGAGCAGCUGCUCUGGCUGUUUUGAACAGUGCAAUGGAGUUUUGGGUAUGAUGGAGUAUACUAGGUUUUAUAGACAAGAUAAAUUCAUUUUUCGACUCUGUACAUCAAGGAUGAUUGCUUGAGGCAUCAACGUUGGAAGUCAUCAGAGCUUUUAGAAGUUAAUGGGUGGUAUUCUCAGUUCAGUGGUUUUGUUAAACCUUCAUUAAUCCUUGAUGUAAAAGACCUUACAACUUUAUGGAGUAUCGGUUACCAUCUCAUCCAUCAAGAACAAAUCAUCCCCUGUUCUGCUAUCUUUAUCUGCUUUCCCUUAAACCACUUCGCAAAACCAGUUUAGAAGAUCACUUGGCAAGCGUUCUCAUCACCAUACUCCUUUUCUGGAUUAAAAAAAAACACUUCAUGUACUAUAGUGUGCUUGUUGCUAUGGGAAUGAUCUCAAAAAGGCCACAUGUUGGGUGAAAAUUAAAAACCGUAGCUUAGAAAAUAUCAUCAGUGUUCUAAGCACCGUUUAUACUUAGCAGCGUGCCCAACAUGCACACCGUCAUACUUUUGGUCAAAGAUGGCUGCCCGGUUUAACAAGGCAAAGUGGUCUUGUAAACCAUAUAAGAUGAAAUAUAGCAUUCCAUAAAAGUGGAGACUCUAAUUCUUGUCUAAUCUGUGGGUUUAUUUAUGAGAAUAUCAGUCAACAGUGGGAUCUCAUCUGGCAAUGGACUGAUGCAUUUAACUGCAUGCAGUCAGUUCUCUUACCUGGUACAAUUCUUUCAUGUAAGGCACCUUAUCAAAAUACAUCUAAUCAGUUAAUUAGUACAUUAACAUACUGAAUGUGUUAUAGUCUGCACAUAUAUAUUUCUGCAAUCUCUAUGUAAGCUUUUGUCUCGCCUGCAUAGCAGAGUGAGACUAUAGGCGCUUCUUUUCUGAUGGUGGCGGCGGCAGCAUCGUCAACAUGAAAUCUUAACCAAAGUUAAGUUUUCGAAAUGUCAUCAUAACUUAGAAAGUAUACGGACCUAGUUAUUGAAACUUGGGCAUAAGAGUACUGGUAAUCAAGUAUUACUGAACAUCCUGCCCGUGUUUCAAGUCACAUGACCAAGGUCAAAGGUCAUUUAGGUUCAAU